AUGGCGAUAUUCUCCGCUAUGAUUGAAAUGUUUAUUGAAGUUUUCAUGGACGACUUCUCAGUGUUUGGAUCUUCAUUCGAUGAAUGUCUAGAGCACCUGAAUUUGGUCUUGCAGAGAUGCAAGGAGACUAACCUGGUUUUAAAUUGGGAGAAAUGCCACUUUAUGGUGCAAGAAGGCAUUGUACUCGGGCAUCGAAUCUCAGCAAAAGGAAUUGAGGUGGACAAGGUCACUAAACCGUUAUGCAAUCUGCUAAUAAAAGACGUAACCUUUGAGUUUAAUGAAGAAUGCCUCAAAGCAUUCAACACUUUAAAGGAGAAGCUUACGACAGCACCAGUAAUUGUGGCACCAGACUGGGAACUCCCUUUUGAAUUGAUGUGUGAUGCAAGUGACCACACCGUGGGUGCAGUAUUAGGACAGUGGAGGAACAAAAUCUUUCACGUAAUUUACUAUGCAAGUAGGACUCUAAAUGAUGUGCAAAUCAAUUAUGCCACCACUGAAAAGGAGCUAUUGGCUGUAGUAUAUACAUUCGACAAAUUCAGGCGAGGGGCUGGUCAGAUAAUAAGGAGAUGCAUACCUGAGGAAGAAGUACAUGAGAUUCUCGAACACUGCCAUUCAUCUGCAUACGCAGGGCACUUUGGGGCUUCAAAAACAGCUGCAAAGAUUCUACAAUCAGGGUUCUACUGGCCUACACUGUUUAGAGACACAUUUGAGUUUGUCAAGAGGUGUGACCGAUAUCAACGCACUGGGAAUAUCUCGAGGAGGAAUGAAAUGCCACUGAAUAACAUUUUGAAAGUGGAGAUAUUUGAUGAUUGGGAAAUUGGCUUCAUCGGAUCUUUCCCCCCCUCGUUCUCAAAUCAUUAUAUCUUGGUAGCAGUGGAUUACGUAUCAAAAUGGGUGGAAGCAGUUGUACUGCCAACAGAUGACUCAAAGGCAUUUGAGCAUUUGUUGAAUAAAUAUGGCAUUAAACACCGCGUUGCUACUCCAUAUCAUCCACAAACCAGUGGGCAAGUUGAGGUAUCUAAUCAGCAGCUGAAGAGAAUACUCGAGGUCACUGUGAACUCAUCUAGAAAGGAUUGGUCUAAAAAGUUAGAUGAUGCAUUAUGGACUUACAGAACAGCAUUCAAGACCCUGAUAGGCAUGUCUCCAUACCGCCUAGUCUUUGGAAAAGCGUGCCAUCUGCCACUAGAAAUGGAGUACCGAGCAUAUUGGGCUAUGAAAUAG